AGAAGAGAAGCAGAGAAUUGAGAGAAGGUCAUUGCAGCCAUGGAGGUCUUCAGCAAGACCACUUCUCUAAGACCAGAUUCCCUCUCACGCUCUUGUUCCAGCCCCUUCCCUGUCACACCUUCUUCAUUCUCCUUUCACCGAAGAAAAAACCAGUCAAGCCAGAUUGCCAGCAAUGGUCUCCUAAAUUGCAUUGUGCUUAGUGAUUCUGUACAAUUUAGAGCUGAUUCAUGCUGCCUAAAGAGGACAUCUGUGGGGUUAAAUAAAUUCAAUGACAUGAGAUAUAAAUGUAAUUUUCCAUACAGAAUUCCGGUUCGCAUUUCAUUGGUGAAAUUUUCAAAUGCAUCAACUGGCAUGCUGGAGGAAAUGACAGAUGAAGAAGAGCUGAGUUCUUUGCAUUCUUGUGGAACACAAGUUGGGAAGGUGGCUGUGGCUCCUUGCAAUCCUGGAUUUUCCAGGAUUGCUGCUGAAAGAAAUUUGUCUGGUGGUGAUUAUAGAGGAUGGGCUAUAGCAAAAGAUAAAUUAACUGAAAGUAAAAAGGAAAUGAAUGGCUCAAAUAAAUUUGUGAGGAAAAAUGGUAGUUCUUAUGCAUCUAAUAGAUUUGCUUCCAUUGGUCAGAAACAGGCUGUUUCUAAGAACAUGGGUGGCAAUCUUGUACUGCAGGAUCAUGAUGAACUUGUCCCAUCUUCUGUUAAAUAUUCUGUAUCAAACAAUUUAAAGGUGUUAACGGAUUCUAAAAGGGUGGUCCCCCGAGUUAAUGAAUCUUCACUGGAGAUCAGUAAAGAGAAAAUUACUAGAGUUAAUGGUGAUCACAGUUUGGAUGCAACUGUAAAGGAUUCAACUAAUGCAAUAUUGGAUAGACAGGCACGAUGUACUGACCAAUCAAAACUUCGGGACCGGCUCUGUAGUAUCUAUGAAGAUAUUCUGGUUGUUGAUAAUAUUCCUCUUGCUGAGGAAGUUGCUAAGAUGCUCACAGUAAAGUACAGGCAUCUUAUUUAUGCAUGUGAUACUGAGGUAGCCAAGAUAGAUGUCAAACAAGAAACACCAGUAGAUCAUGGGGAGAUAAUAUGCUUCAGCAUUUAUUCUGGUCCAGAAGCUGAUUUUGGAGGUGGAAAGUCCUGUAUCUGGGUAGAUGUUCUUGAUGGUGGAGGCAAAGAAAUUUUAGAAAAAUUUGCUGAAUUUUUUAGUGACUCUUCCAUCAAGAAGGUCUGGCAUAACUAUAGCUUUGAUUGUCAUGUUAUAGAGAACUAUGGAUUCAAAGUUUCUGGUUUUCAUGCUGAUACAAUGCACAUGGCACGAUUAUGGGAUUCAUCAAGACAAUUGGAUGGGGGUUAUUCUCUUGAAGGACUUACAGGUGACAGAAGGGUCAUGUCUAGGACUCAGCUGAACCAUGAAAAGGAUUUGAUUGGUAAGCUGUCAAUGAAAACUAUAUUUGGUCAGAAAAAGGUGAAGAAGGAUGGAUCUGAGGGUAAAAUGAUUACCAUUGCUCCUGUUGAAGAGCUACAAAAAGAUGAGCGUCUACCUUGGAUAUGUUAUUCUGCCUUAGAUGCUAGAAGCACUUUGAAGCUUUAUGAGAGCUUAAAGAGCCAUCUUUUAGACAUGCCUUGGAAAAUUGAUGGUAUUCCAGUUUCUGGGAAAACCAUGUAUGAUUUCUACAAUAAAUACUGGCGACCAUUUGGCGAGCUUCUAGUCAUAAUGGAAUCUGAGGGGAUGCUAGUUGAUCGGGCAUAUCUAGAAGGCAUAGAAAAGAUUGCUAAAGCAGAGCAAGAGGUAGCUUCUAAUAGAUUCCGAAAAUGGGCAUGUAGGUAUUGUCCCGAUGCCAAGUAUAUGAAUGUGGGAAGUGAUUUACAGUUGCGCCAGCUGCUUUUUGGUGGCACUGUGAACAGAAAAGACUCUGAUCUGGCUCUUCCAACUGAGCGAAUAUUCAAAAUUCCCAAUGUUGAUAAAGUGAUUGAAGAAGGAAAGAAGGCUCCCAUGAAAUUUCGUGAUAUAAAGUUGAAGAGCGUAGGUUGUAACCUGGAGACUGAUAUAUACACAGCAAGUGGUUGGCCGUCAGUUAGUGGUGAUGCUUUAAAGGCCCUGGCUGGAAAUAUUUCUGCUGAAUUUGACCUUAUUGAUGAGGCUUGUAACUUGGAUCUUGAUGAAGAUGGAAAUACUUCUGAAAGUCAAAUUGCACCCGUAAAAAUUGAUAAAUCUGCAUAUGGAACAGCCUUUGCAGCUUUUCCAACAGAGGAAGAAGGGAGAGAAGCUUGCCAUGCAAUUGCUGCUUUAUGUGAAGUCUGCUCAAUUGACUCUUUGAUUUCUAACUUCAUCCUUCCCCUUCAGGGACAUAAUAUAUCAGGAAAGGAUCACCGUGUUCAUUGUUCCUUAAAUAUCAACACAGAGACAGGACGCUUGUCAGCAAGAAGGCCAAAUCUGCAGAAUCAACCUGCUUUGGAAAAAGACCGCUACAAAAUCCGUCAAGCAUUCAUUGCUGCACCUGGAAAUUCUCUAAUAGUUGCUGAUUAUGGACAGCUGGAACUUAGGAUUCUGGCACAUCUUGCCAACUGUAAGAGCAUGUUGGAAGCUUUUAAAGCUGGUGGAGAUUUCCAUUCAAGGACUGCAAUGAAUAUGUACCCAUAUAUUCGUGAAGCAGUUGAGAAAAAGCAAGUGCUUCUCGAGUGGCAUCCUCAGCCUGGUGAAGACAAACCCCCAGUUCCUUUACUGAAGGAUGCCUUUGGUUCUGAAAGAAGAAAAGCUAAAAUGCUUAACUUCUCAAUUGCAUAUGGGAAGACUCCAGUGGGGCUUUCCAAGGAUUGGAAGGUUUCUGUGAAAGAAGCUAAGAAAACAGUUGACCUUUGGUACAAUGAUAGAAAGGAAGUUUUGCAAUGGCAAGAGCUGCGGAAAAAAGAAGCUCAUGAGUUACAUUGUGUUUACACGUUGCUAGGCCGAGCCCGGCGGUUCCCUUUGAUGGCCCAAGCUAACACCUAUCAGAAAGGUCACAUUGAGCGAGCUGCUAUUAAUACUCCAGUGCAGGGUAGUGCAGCCGAUGUUGCCAUGUGUGCCAUGUUGCAAAUUUUGAAUAAUAAACGGUUGAAGGAUCUUGGAUGGAAGUUACUUCUACAGGUUCAUGAUGAAGUCAUAUUGGAAGGACCAACUGAAUCAGCUGAGGUUGCGAAGUCUAUAGUUGUUGAAUGCAUGUCCAAACCCUUUCAUGGAAAGAAUAUUCUUAAAGUUGACCUAUCUGUUGAUGCCAAGUGUGCUCAAAACUGGUACUCUGCGAAAUAGGCACUUCGCUAUACAAAUGUACAGAAUGAAAAGCCAUGUCUUUAUUUGGGAGAUGUUUCUCAUUCAGAUAGCCUUGGUGAUUGCAAUGAAGAGGCUGCUACACUUGGUGCUUCUAUUUCAAGGCAAAAUUAAUUCCUUAAAUAUUACUAUAUAGAGGUUUUUGACGUCCUAUGAGUAGUUCCAGUGUGAUGUUUUGGUAAAACCAAAGCAUAGCACGUUUAGCUUUGAAGGAAGGAAAAGGCCAAAACCACUGGCCUCGGCAUUUUACUGCUUUUGUUGGCAGGUUUUUCUUUUAUUUAUUAUUUUUUUUUCAAUCUUAUUUUGAAUGUAUACCUAUUUCUCACGCCUUGUGUCAUUUACCAGUAUGGUCUUUUUGCUUGAUGCAAACUGUAUCUGUAUUGUAUAUAAAUUAUUAAAUGAAAA